AGAUUUCCAGGUUGAUGCUGAUGCUGCUGGUCCUGAGAUCACACUUUGAGGACCACUUAUCUAGGAAGAGAUGAUGAAAUUCGCACAGAAUUAUUAAAAAAACAACAGUGAUACAAGCAGUUGAAUUGAAGGCAUUCUGGGAAACCUACUGUUUAUUGUGAAAAUCAUCUUUGAUCUUGAAAUUAAAAGUAAAGCUGGAAAGGAAUUUACAAACGAGAAAAAAAAGAAGUUUGGGAUCGGACUCACAGGAUCUGGGCUUGGAAAUGCCUCAGCCUAGUGUAAGCGGAAUGGAUCCGCCUUUUGGGGAUGCCUUUCGAAGCCACACCUUUUCAGAACAGACUCUGACGAGCACAGAUCUCUUAGCAAACAGUUCAGAUCCAGAUUUCAUGUAUGAACUGGAUAGAGAGAUGAACUACCAGCAAAAUCCUAGAGACAACUUCCUUUCUUUGGAGGACUGCAAAGACAUUGAAAAUCUGGAGUCUUUCACAGAUGUCCUGGAUAACGAGGGUACUUUAACCUCAAACUGGGAACAGUGGGAUACAUACUGUGAAGACUUAACGAAGUACACCAAACUAACCAGCUGUGACAUCUGGGGAACAAAAGAAGUGGAUUACUUGGGUCUCGAUGACUUUUCUAGCCCUUACCAAGAUGAAGAGGUCAUAAGUAAAACUCCAACUUUGGCCCAGCUUAAUAGCGAGGACUCUCAGUCUGUUUCUGAUUCCCUUUAUUACCCUGAUUCACUUUUCAGUGUCAAACAAAAUCCCUUGCCCUCAUCAUUCCCUGGUAAAAAGAUCGCAAGUAGAGCAGCUGCUCCUGUGUGUUCUUCUAAGACUCUUCAGGCUGAGGUCCCUUUGUCAGACUGUGUCCAAAAAGCAAGUAAACCCACUUCAAGCACACAAAUCAUGGUGAAGACCAACAUGUAUCAUAAUGAAAAAGUGAACUUUCAUGUUGAAUGUAAAGACUAUGUGAAAAAGGCAAAGGUAAAGAUCAACCCAGUGCAGCAGAGCCGGCCUCUACUGAGCCAGGUUCAUGCAGAUGCAGCAAAGGAGAACACCUGCUACUGUGGUGCCGUAGCCAAAAGACCAGAGAAAAAAGGGACGGAGCCUCUGCAGGGCCAUGCCACUCCAGCUUUGCCUUUUAAAGAAACCCAGGAACUAUUACUCAGUCCCCUGCCCCAGGAGGGGCCUGUGUCUAUUGCAGCAGGAGAGAGUAGCAGCCUUUCUGCCAGCACAUUGGUCUCAGAUUCAUCCCAGAAAAAAGAAGAGCACAAUUAUUCCCUUUUUGUCUCUGACAACUUGGGUGAACAGCCAACCAAAUGCAGUCCUGAAGAAGAGGAGGAGGACGAGGAAGAUGUUGACGAUGAGGACCAUGAUGAAGGAUUUGGCAGCGAGCACGAACUUUCUGAAAACGAGGAAGAGGAAGAAGAGGAAGAGGAUUAUGAAGAUGACAAGGAUGAUGACAUCAGUGACACUUUCUCUGAACCAGGCUAUGAAAAUGAUUCUGUGGAAGAUUUGAAGGAGAUGACUUCAAUUACCUCUCGGAAGAGAGGUAAAAGAAGGUACUUCUGGGAGUAUAGUGAACAACUCACACCAUCACAGCAAGAGAGGAUGCUAAGGCCAUCUGAAUGGAACAGAGAUACCUUGCCAAGUAACAUGUAUCAGAAAAAUGGCUUACAUCAUGGAAAAUAUGCAGUAAAGAAGUCACGGAGAACGGAUGUGGAAGACCUGACUCCAAAUCCUAAAAAACUACUCCAGAUAGGCAAUGAACUACGGAAACUGAAUAAGGUGAUUAGCGAUCUGACUCCAGUCAGUGAGCUUCCCUUAACAGCCCGGCCAAGGUCAAGGAAGGAAAAAAAUAAGCUGGCUUCCAGGGCUUGUCGGUUAAAGAAAAAAGCGCAGUAUGAAGCUAAUAAAGUGAAAUUAUGGGGCCUCAACACAGAAUAUGAUAAUUUAUUGUUUGUAAUCAACUCCAUCAAGCAAGAGAUUGUAAACCGAGUACAGAAUCCAAGAGAGGAGAGAGGACCCAACAUGGGACAGAAGCUUGAAAUCCUCAUUAAAGAUACUCUUGGUCUCCCAGUUGCUGGGCAAACCUCAGAAUUUGUUAACCAAGUGUUAGAGAAGACUGCGGAAGGCAAUCCCACCGGAGGCCUUGUAGGACUAAGGAUACCAACAUCAAAAGUGUAAUCAGCCUCAUUGGACCACUGGUCAGAAAUGUCUGUGUUUGUCACGUUAUUCAUUGUAAAUUUUCAUUCUGUUUUGCAUGUCAGUUUAGCAUUAUGUAAACAUUUACAAUUAGGUUACAUUGUUUUAAGAACUAAGUAGCAUAAGUGAAGCAUGA